GGCACUUCCGGCUCCGCGGAAUUCCGGGCGCGGUGCGGUAGCCGGCUGACCGGUCCUGCUGUGGUGGAGGAGGCCCCAUGAGUGCGGCGCCCCUGGUGGGCUACAGCAGCAGCGGCUCGGAGGAUGAGGCCGAGGCCGAGGCCCGGGCCCGGCCGGGGGCUGGAGGCCGCCAUCGUGGACAGAGCCCCCUUCCCAGCCAGAGGUUGCCAGUCCCAGACAGUGUGCUGCACAUGUUCCCGGGCACCGAGGAGGGGCCUGAGGAUGACAGCGCAAAACAUGGGGGCCGCGUGCGCACCUUCCCCCACGAGCGGGGCAACUGGGCCACCCAUGUCUACGUCCCGUAUGAAGCCAAGGAGGACUUCCUGGAACUCCUUGACGCGUUGCUGCCCCACGCCCAGACAUACGUCCCCCGGCUGGUGAGGAUGGAGGCGUUCCACCUCAGCCUGUCCCAGAGCGUGGUUCUGCGUCAUCACUGGAUCCUCCCCUUCGUGCAGGCUCUGAAAGACCGCCUGGCCUCCUUCCCGAGAUUCUGCUUUACUGCCAACCGGGUAAAGAUUUAUACCAAUCAAGAGAAAACCAGGACGUUCAUUGGGCUCGAGGUCACCUCCGGGCACGCCCAGUUCCUGGACCUGGUUUCAGAGGUAGACAGAGUCAUGGAGGAAUUUGACCUCACCACUUUCUACCAGGACCCUUCAUUCCACAUCAGCCUGGCCUGGUGUGUGGGCAACGCACGACUCCAGCUGGACGGGCAGUGCCUGCGGGAGCUACAGGCGAUUGUGGAUGAGUUUGAAGACUCCGAGAUCCUGCUGCGCGUGCUCGCCGGGCAGGUCCGCUGCAAGUCUGGGAACAAGUUCUUCUCGAUGCCUUUGAAGUGAGCACCAGGGGCCGUCCGUGUCCCAGGCCCCUCUGCAGGCCAGGCAGAGACGGAGGAGCCUGCUCAAGUUGAUGGAGAUGCUCCCAGCCUCCCGCUGGGAGACUGGCCCGAGGUGCAGCCACUCCUGGUUGUCCCUGGGGAAUGGUUCUCUCCUGAUCCUUUUAGGUCACAGGUCGGGUACCACUGUGUUGUGGUCAUUCCCGGAAGUCACCAGCAGAGGGCAGCCUGGACUUCCUAGUUCUAGGUCUAUGGUGGUUAUGCAAAAAUAAAAAAAUUGGGGGUCACCCGGUGAGCCCACUGUACUCAGCCAGAAUCCCCACUGUAAUCCUUCCAACAAGGGGCCCCUCCCCCACACUCCCCCUUCAGCUGUUUGCAUUUCGAUGCCACUGGCCUCAGACCAGGGUUUUUAAAACCAUCAUGCCUUGGCUCAUCCCUGCUCAAGCCAGGACGAAGGGUGCUUCAAUGGGUCUGUCACCAUCCCUCCUUGAAGUGUCACUUUUAUUUAUUUAUUUUUAGUCUCACCUCCUCCUAUGCCAGCAGAGGCCAUUUCAGGGCCAAGGUACAGGGUGCUAAUUUGUGGUUCAGCCUCAGUUUUCUCCAUUCCUUCCUCCCACUCGCCCCCAGCCAGGUGCCUGGGGAGAUGAGCAGAUGUUUCAUUUUGGCCUGGCUCCUGGCUUUAAGCCAGGCCUCCAACGCUCUGUGAGCUCUAGCUUCCCAUCAGCUU